AAAAUGGUACUUUCUGGAGGGGGGGGGGCAUCCAAUAAUUGUACAAAUAUUUGUGAAAACUUGGCAAGACAUAUCGCACAGAGGGAAUAGUUAAAAGAAUUGCAAAAACGUUUUCAUGUGUAUUUUAAAAACGUUAAGAAAUAUUCUAUUUCGACGCGCGUGAAUCAUUAGGAAGGUAAAAAAUCUCCCACCCAUAUAACGUGUUUCUUGUUCCAGUCCGCCAGACAAUUUAGUCACGAUUACUUUAAAAACACCGGACUGUCGGGUUCCGUCAAGACACUUUCUUCUGUACAGUCUAGUUGACAUCGUCCUCGUGUGUGUAUCGCAGCUUGUUACUUCAACAAAGUCUUGAAAAUGGCCUUCUUGAGAUCAGUGAAGCUGAAAGACGUCGACCCUGCCUUGGACGUCGACGCUGAAGAGGAGUCAGACGACAUCAACAACUGGGACGACUUUGACGCUGUCGGUGAGGACAGACCAGUGGGUGACGUCAUCAGCUUCAUGAAGGAGCAUGGGCACGAGUUUUCCCCCUACGCGGUCGACUGGGCACGAGAGACAGUCCUCUUCGUGCGCACACAAGAGGACGUGGACAUCAAGGAACACUUCUACCUCCAGCUGGCACAACGUACGUACGUCCAAGAACUGCUGUCUAUCCCGAUCUCGCAGCUCCAGGCCGUGGCGGAUGCUGUAGCUGAGAAGAUCGCCGAUGUGCAAAAUAUCUUCGUCUACAUGUCCGCGCGAUGUGGCUCCACCCUCGUCGUGAAGGCAACAAACGUCCUACCAUCAGCGAUGGCAGUUGAUGGGCCUGAUGUUUACUCUAUCAUCGCCCUGGCUUAUGACCAGGUGCAGGAAGGUAAAUCCCCAGGUGACGCCAGCAAGAUCCCUGACGUUCUACUGAACCGCGAGAGCACCAUCGCUUUCGUCAAGAACAUCAGCACGCUUUACAACUACUACUUUUUCAGCAAUGAUGUGCAGCGCCGAUCCACUAUCAUGUAUAAGUUUAAGUCACACGUGAUCACCUUUGCCAAGGUCCUGGCUGAAGCUCACCCAGAAGCCCAAACGCUCUUCAUGUACCGAGACGGCAUGAAAAUGGCAGAAUCGUCCAUCCGACUGAAUCAUGGCGGAUGCAAAAAGGACUACGACACGUGGGUUGAGGGCAUGAAAUCCGAGAAAUGGAAAAGAAGGCAGCAUUGUGAGGAUAACCUUGACCUGAUGCCGGAGUACUACUUCAUUUUUGGGGACGACCCAAAACUGAAAACACCGCCCCACGAUGCACACCAAGUGUACUACUACAUGACAUUCUGGCUAGGAGUCAUGCAGAAAGCCCUGGACCUCCACCGGGAGGACCCGGAACACUUCUUCCGCGCUGUCAUCAACUACCGAGCACUUGUUGACAGGAAGGAGGAGGCUUUUCUCGAGAUGAUGGAGAAGAUUGGUGUUACUCUAGACCUCGAUGACACAGAGAACAAAGCUGCUUUGGCUAAAGUCUUCCACAAGGAUAGCCAGAGUGGCACUGUCAUUACAAGUCACAAGGAGGAAGAGAAGGAAAGCUGGAAGCCUCACGCUGACGUCUGGUUCGGAGAGUGGGAGCGCCGCAUCUUCAACAACAUCGUCAAACGCGCCAAGCUGGAAGUCAAUGAUCCUGCAUUUGUCUUUCCUGACACCAUCUUCUGAGAGGAUAAAGGGAUAAAUACUCCAUUCCAUAGCCAUAUUCAUGAAUUGAACUGCAGAAUACAAAGACAAGCUUUUUAGAAUUUCAACAAUGCUUGUCUUUAUGUUAGUAGCCAUUAGUUAUUUUACAGUUGAAGAUGUCAGUAAAUACGUUUCAUCCAGUAAAACUAAAUGCAGUGUUUUAAGGGAAGAAAAUAAAGAGAUAGAUUUGUCCUUCAAAGGGCACUUAGUGAAUUGGAUGGUAAUGCAAUCAUUUUCAUUGUAAUGUACAGCGACACUGUAGCAAGAAUAAGGAGUUACACAUUAUAGUUACACAUACUAGUGAGUAGUAUAUAUUAAUAGUACAUCAAAGUGUUAGAAACACGAUAAAUCCUUUCUUGUAUUAUUUGAAACUUUGAAGCACAAUUGGAAUCCCAAUCUAUUGGAGUCUAGAUGCAUUGAGAAAAAAUGUAACUUGAUUAGGUUCAGUUGUGAUUUUAUAUAGCAUUCUGGUGCCAAUAGAAUAAAUUUUGAUAAUUGUAGAUAAUUAAGGUUCUUAAUAAAAUUAGUUUUGCAUACUAAUUCA